AUGGAGUGGAUACAUUUCCGAACUGAAAUAGAUGAGAUAGAAUCAAUUUUAAAAUACAGCUUCAACAACAAAGAUUUAUUGAAAGAAGCACUAGAAUCUUAUCACCGCCUAGAAUUCUUUGGAGAUGCAGUAUUAGAGUUUCUGAUUGCCAUUAACGUAUACAAGACUUGUAAAGAAAUCGAUAAGAAAACAUUCGUCAAAUUAGUCACAAUAAAUGUGGAGAAUGAUGUCCUUGGAAGGGCUGCACUAAAAAAUAAGUUUCACAACUACCUAUUAGAUAACGCUGUGAAAAAUAGGGCUGAUAAAUGCGAAGAAGCUAUGGCAGAUGAAUCUAUAUCAAACAGCGAUGUUAAACCUCCAAAGGUUCUUGCAAACCUAAUUGAAGCCCUAGUCGGAGCUGUGCAUGUGGAUAGUGCAUUUUCAUUUGAGAAAGUUUGGGAAAAAUUCAAGAAUUUGUUAGAACCACUGGUCACACCGGAGACAUUGGAAAAGCAUCCCGUUUCAGAACUUCAAGAAUUAUGUCAAAAAACUGGAAAAUGUGUCAUGUAUAAAGAAAAGAUAGUUGUGGAAGUAUUUAUAGACGAUGAGAUGGUUGGGAGGGGUGAAUGUACAAAGAAAGAAGUGGCAAAGAAAAGGGCAGCCAGAAACGCUCUUCAACGUCAAUGGAAAUUCAAUAUUUUAGGGGUGUUUGUUUCAAAGGCAGUUGUGGUUAUCAAUAUGAGAGAAGGCGUAACUUCCGAGGACAGCAUUGGGUCUGCAAAACAUCAGCCUAGAGAUCACCACAGGUUACAGGGGACAAAUGAGUGGGGCAAACAGUUGGCUCUUAGGGAUUUAAUUCAUUUGCAUGUUGCUGAAAGGACCACUACUAACAGACAUGCUAUAGAAAGCAGUCAUGUUCACAAUUUCGAUCUAGACAAAGAAGAGGGCCAAGAUGAUCAACAUGUCAGUGCAACUGAAAGUGUUGUAGAGCUUUGUGAUGUUGAGAGUAAUAUAGUUGGAGGACAGAACAGGGAUCACUCGAAAGGUGGCUUGCCUUGGAUGUGA